AUGGCCGCUCAGAUCCCCAAUCCGGACGACAAAAUGACACUCGUUGACGAGGAACUCCAGCUCAAUGGCAAGGAGCUCCACCUCGACGAGCUCCCCGCCAUCCCUCUCGCUUCCCCCCCCGCAGCUGAUGAACCCCCGGCGGCGAAGAAAGUCUGCGUCGCAGCCCCUCCGCCCGUGCCCGCCCCUUCGGCGUUGUCCAUCGGCGUGAUGGCGGCUCUGGCUCCUCUCCCGCCCUGCAACGCCUUGGGUGCCUCUCCUGGCGCUCCCUCCCCGGUGACGGCCGCCUCUGCUCCGUCCCCUGCCCUGCGCAGGGCUGCCAACCCGACUUCCCCCCGCCUUAGCACCGCUCUGGGCGCCGGCGCCGUCCCGUUGACUCAUGCCCCUACCCCCGCGCCCUCCCGCAUCCUCCGCCGCCCGAGGCCUGGCCCGGUCAUGCCCCGCCGCCGCCUCGCUGUUGUCACGCUUCUUAUGCCCGAGACCUGCGCGGACGCCAUCCGCGCGGAUCUUAUCGCUCAUAUCACCGCCAUGCUGAAGCCGCACUUCUUCCGCCGCGGCUCUGUCCCGGAGUUUGAGGUCGCCACCGGCGAGCCGCUCCGGGUCUUUGAAGACCGCAACCCCGGCUUCACGGCUGCCAAAGCCGGGGGUGCCGCCACGCUGUUGCUCCACAACAUCCCACCGGGGUAUACCCCGGAGGAUGUUAGCGAUUUUCUGCUGCAAGGUGCGGAUCCGUCGGAGCCGGCUUGGCUCGCGGAUCUGCAGUUCUUCCAUCGUACCACCGACCCAUACGAGGAGGUUUUCCUCCCUAUUUUCACCGGCAUCCCGCUUCCCCCCCGGAUGACCCGGCCUUCUCCCGCAUCCCUGCGGUCAUCCCGUUUGAGGAUGACUCCUCUCCCGCCCUGCUCAACAUCUCCACCCAUGUGUGCGCGUUCUGCGGGAACAAUCACCGCGACUCCGACCACGAGACCUUCGCCUUCAAGCGCAAGCAGUGCUUAA